AUGUACUUACAUGAACUUUCACAUCUUAUUUCUCAUGUCCUUAGCCAAAAUUCAUCACAAAAGGAAAACAGAAGAACAUCAAUUAAACGAUUAAGAACUGAACCAAGCUUAGCCAUCAAAAAUAUAACAAAUACAAUACCAACUUCUAUUACCACAGGAACCAAUCUCAAAGAAAUAAGAUUAAUGAAGGAGCAAAUUUCGAUCCGGCUUGAAAAAAAUGAAGUUGAUAAUGACAAUAAAGACUUCGAGAACUUUUUAUCAAAAGUAAAAAAAAAAAGACUUCCUAUUUUAAAAAGAAUACUAGAAAUAUGUGAUGAAUUAUUAACAACUGAUACAUUAGCAACAAAAUGUCACAAGAAAAUCAUUGAAUUUGGUCCGCUUUUGACUGAUGAAAGGAUUAAAAUAGACUUUGGGACCGGAGUUCUAAAAUGCACUCCCGGACAUGAUUUUGCAGACUAUGAACUAGCCAAAAAAUACCAAUUACCACUAAUUAGUUGUUGUGAUGAAAAAGGGAUAUUAAAUGAAUUAGCCGGCUCCUGA